AUGCGCUUCUUUGCUUCCCACCUUCUAGUCGGGCUCUCUUUCUCCUAUACGGGGUCAGCUCUCCCGGACAACUUGUCCGCUUACUCGAAUCCUCUAUCCGCACUGUCGGUCGAUGCCCUCCUUGUCAAGCGCCAAUCGUGCGCCUCGGGCUUGAACUCAUGUUCCGCCCUGGGCUCCGAUUCCGUGUGCUGCCCGUCAGGCACCAACUGCGCCUUGGAUGAGGCCGGGCAUAUUGCAUGUUGUCCAUCUAAUGCAGUGUGCACCGGGACAAUAGCCGGAACACUCACCGGGUCAAGCACGGGGUCAGCAACGGGAACAACGAGCACUACUUCAGACAGUGUGCUCGGAGGGUCAAGCAGUUCAAGUACGGCAAGCCCUCCUGGCGUCACUUCAUUGACGACCGGCGUCUCUGGGGGUGGCUCCACGGUCCCAAACAACUUCUAUCCGUUCAUCUAUAUUCCUACUUCCUAUGCGAACGCCGACCUCUGUACCAGCGCAUAUUCGAGCUGUCAGUCAGCUUCCACCUCUUGCUUUGCCUCACUUGCAGGAGCGAAUGGAGUCACAGUCUCGGGGCUUGGAGGAGGCAUAACGGUACAAGGUGCUUCAGGCACAUUGUCGAGCUCGGCAAGUAGCAUAUGCAGCUCUCUCAGUGCAGCCGGGUGCUAUAAUCUGCAGCAGAGUCAGUGCAGUAUGUUUGGAACCGCGUCGGGAGCCACCGCGACUUCGACGGCUACGGAGACGACAGGAUUUGUGCAGGUUGGAAAUGUAGGACCGCGACAGACUCCUUGUCCCGGAAUGCUCUACGCAGCUGGCGCGGGGGUCAUGUUCGGCGCUGUGGGUGCAUUGGUAUAG